AUGGCCACGACACACUACUGGAGGGCAGUUUUGCAUGCUCAUGGAGGGGAUCAGGAGAAAUUGAAGGAGGUCGUCGUCAAGGAUGCAGAAAUUGUUGGAAUUCUUGGGGCUCUUGUGCUAACCAUUACCGUGGCUGGGCUGGCCGUCGUCGAUGCAAAGCUCGCCAAGUCCUCUUUGGUGCGGACUCUCUACGUGGCAUUGGCUUUUUGCAGCUUCGUUUUCUCCUUGAUAUCGUUGAUGAUCUCCUCGCGGCUGUUGCUUUCAAUCAACAGAUUACCUGCCAAGGAUGCUUUGGCCUGUCUUGAGGAGCUCGACCGGGCUGGCGCAGCACAUGCUUACUGGUGGUUUAGCAGAAGCCUUCUAUUUCUCUUAUUUGCCGUGCUGAUAUCGGUGUACCUGCUGUACGAUAGUCUCUGCUUUGCCAUUUGCAGCAUCUUCACGUUUCUGCCUUUGUGGAUGAUGUACCAUCUGGUGUGGCCGAUGAUGAACUUCUCUCCUUUGGCAGCAGACAGCCGCGAUGACACCUCCGAUUCUGCUGAUCCGGGAGACACAUUGCAAAAAUCCUCGCGCACGAGGUCUCGAGAUUUGAAUCGGUGUUGA